UGCAUUAUGAGAUUUGAAAAAUAUUUAAACAUGUGUGGAGUCAAAAAUUUGUGUUCAUAGGCAUUCAUAAAAUUCUCUAAAAUUUUGGAUCGUGUGUUGACUUGAAAAUUAUGAGAUUGAAUUACUUAAUGUUUUGAUUUAAAAAUAAAAAUAAAAAAUAAAAAUAAAAACACAUACACAUAAACAACAAAAGGAUUUUUGUGUUUCUUUAUUUUGAUCAUUGGGUGUUUAAGAUAAUUUUUGAGAGGUUCUGAAAAAAUUUAGUCUAUGGAUUCAAUUCUGGAAGACUUGAACGGGUUCCAUGACCUUGAACCGGUUCAAGAAUGCAAGGCAGCUUUGAAUUGGAAACUGCCUAUCUUGAACCGAUUCCACCCCUUGAACCGUUUCAAGAUGCCGAAUCUAGGCACUUAAGUACUUCAUUUGGAAUUGAAACUUUGAGGCACUUGUUGGGUUUGUAUUGCAAAGCUCAUUGUGGUGAAGAAACUUGAGGAUUUGGGGUUGAAUUUGUUGCGGUUUUGUCUUUGCUAUUGCAUUGUUGUUGAGUUUUAGGGCUUGGAAGCAGUAAAUUCAGGCUUUUUGUAGAACACUUUUGCACACCAAGUGUUCGACGAAAUUCCUGAAAGAGUAUUGAAGCUUCAAAGUGAAUUUUCUGAAGAUCAAAUGGCUUCAAGGCUGUCUAAAGAAGCUAAAGGCAAUGUAAUUGCAGCUCCUAAACCACCGAACAGUGCUAGAACCGGCAUUGUCAUUCGCGAGCCUCACGAUGAGUUACACACUCCUUUGGAUACGACAUCAUCUCCCAUGACGUCUCCUCCAUAUGAGAUACCAUCUGGGUAUCCCUCUGUUUCAGCCACUAGGAAGAUUGAGUUCACUGUAGAACACUUCUACGAUGAACACGCUUGGAAAGCUUACAAUAAUGUCUACAAGGACAAACCGAUCAAGAUAGAGAGGAAUGUAAGUUUGAACAAGCUAAGAGACAAUGCAGGGAAGAAACUUGUGGAGUACAUUGAGAAGAACAAUGGGCUCUUUUUUACACGAAUGGAAGGUGGUUUCUCACCGGAUAUGGUUCAUUACUUUUAUUCCAAUAUCUGCAAAGUUUAUGCCGGAUACUUUGAGGUGUCAAUCUUUAGCAAAGAUUAUCUAGUACGUGAAGAUGAUACCUAUGAUAUUUUGGUAGUUCCUAAUAGGGUGAAUAGUACAGGAUACAUGUUACUUAUUGAAGGUCCGGGUCCAAAAUUGCCGAAAAUUCAUGAUACUCUUUGUGUUUUGGAUUCAUACGGGUCAAACAAUUCUGCUCCAACCAUUUAUGCUACUUUUUUUCCGCCCUCUCACGGCAGUCUGAUUAGUGACGGCAACAGGGCAGUUUGUGGCGGGAUAUUUCAUCCCAUCCCCAUCCUCGUUUAGCAUAUGUACCAUAUACUAUUUCUAUAUAUAUGGUUGCAAAUGUUGAUUUUGUUAAAAAAAUGCUAAAAUUAGUGGGAAUUGAACAAGGAAACGAUAACUUCUCUCAUGUAAGGUCAGUAAAAGGCUCUCUGUAACUAUAUUUACUCAUGACUAACUUGUUCUAUACAAAGGUACGAAUGGAUUUUUUCAUCCUUGGAAAUGAAUCUCAUCGGAUGAGAAUUAUCAAGAUCAGUGAUCUAGAAUGAUGAUGCUAUCUUGGAAACAAAGGACAAAUGAAAUUAUUCUUCCAUGUGCUUACAUUGAAACAUAGAGGGGUGUAAGUGGAAUAUUAUCAAAUCUCAGGGGGUGUGUAGGUGGAAUGUACCUUUUAUAUUUUGAAAAGUCCAAUGGGUUUUUAGGAGAAUAAAAUAAAUAUGUCAAAUGGUAUUGUAAAAGAGAUUAUUCAGAGGAUCAAU